AUGGCUACAUUUCAUCAUUCACGGAGGUUUUGCUUCAUUCUUAGCAUCAUCACAAUCGUCUUCUCCUGGUUUGCAAACCUUACUGGAGCUGUCUACCAUGGCUAUGUGCCGAGUCCCUGGACUCUCGCACAUGCCACAUUUUAUGGGGAUGAGACUGCAUCUGCAACCAUGGGUAAAUAUCAUGGCUUAAAGCUAGUAUCUUCUGGAUAUCUAAUACCCGUUUCACUAUCAAGUGAAUAUAACAUUUCAGGAUAUAAUAUUUCAGGUGGUGCUUGUGGAUAUGGAAACUUGAUAACUAAUGGAUACAGAAGGGAUACAGCUGCUUUGAGCACAACCACCUUUAGCGAAGGUUACGCCUAUGGUCAGUGUUACCAAAUACGGUUUGUCCAAUCUCCAUGGUGCUACAAAGGAUACACCGCCGUUACUGCCACCAACCUCUGCCUGCCUAACUGGUCUCAGGAUUCAAACAACGAAGGAUGGUGUAACCCUCCAAGAACACACUUCGACAUGGCCAAGCGUGCGUUCAUGAAAAUUGCUCAGUGGAAGGAAGGCAUUGUCCCUAUCAUGUACAGCAGAGUACCAAGCAAUGCUAUUAGAAAAUGUGGCAUUCGAUUCUCAUUUCAAGGAAAUGGGUAUUGGUUGUUGGUGUAUGUGAUGAAUGUUGCUGGUGCUGGUGACAUCAAACAUAUGUGGGUGAAAGGGACGAAGACAGGUUGGAUGAGCAUGAGUCAUAACUGGGGUGCGUUGUACCAAGCUUUUGCUACUCUUAAGGGACAAGCUCUCUCCUUCAGAUUAACUUCAUACACCACCAAACCGACUAUCACUGCCUACAAUGUUGACCCUGCUAACUGGAACAUAGGCUUGACAUAUCGAGGCAACGUCAACUUCCAUUGAUCACCUCUCAAUGUUCUGGCUCUUCAUGCGCAUUUGAAACCGUUUGAUUCAGUUGAAGCUGGUACGUCUGCUUUUAAAUAAUAUUUAAUCCCGACCGUUAGUAUUUUUCAGAUUGUAAUUUCCGUCCAUCAAAUUAAAAUU